UUUUUUCUACCUUCUACUACAUAGAGCAUUCCUACUUCAAUUCCUUGGUUAUCCCACUUCGAAUUGCUCCGCACGACAACACAUAAACAAUACAACAUCUACACACAGCAUAUACUUAUGCCUUAUAAAUUUAUGUUGAUUGCCUCUUACAAUACACUUUACACAAAGUCCACCUCGUAUAAACAUUGCUAACCCCUCCAGUUAAAGUCACGUUGGUGUUUUCGCAUAAUUUGCUCCUAUCAUCCGAGACCAGGAGCUCAUCCGCCUGUAACAAGCACUUAGUUCAGACCGCUGAACUACGAAUCAAUUCGCCCGCAUACGGUGAGGUUGGUCGCGUCGGGUACUACCUGAUCACUGACUUCCCUUUGCUCCGACUUUCCCUGGUAGGUCGUCGUGAGCGAAGGGUGCCUGGACAACACAUCAUCACCAAUGUCUCGAAGGCAGACCCCGCACCCCAGAAGACAUCACCCGCACAGCGGUCCCAUCUCGGACAAUCCUAGCUACUCAGAAGACGAGGAGGACUACGGACGAAGUGGAGGGUCGUACGGUCACGGUCGACAGAGGGAACCAUAUUCAGACGAAUAUUCGGACGACGACGAAGAAGAACUCACCGAAGACGAGUACGACGACGAAGUUGAUCCAGAAGACUCGGCAUCAACUGGUCCUGGAGGACAUCAUCCGGCGGUCCGUGCUGCGCGUUCCUCGUCGCGGCCUAACCAAAGGAGUGUUGCACAAAGAGCUCCCUCUUACGAUUAUCGGCAGCCGCCGGUAAACACCAACAGCCUGGAUUCAGACUACGAUUACUACGGCCGUGGCGGCCCCGGCUACCCCCCUCCGCCUGGGAGCCAGUUCUAUGGCGCCGGCCGCGGCUAUCCCCAAAGUCACGUUGGUGGUUAUGGGGGUCCCCCCUAUGGUGGAAACGGGCAGGUAGUGCCGUACGGCCCCCCCGGUAAUUAUCAAAAUCCAUUUGCGCCGGCGAACGGAAAUAAUGGCAAUUAUUUCAACCAAGAGCAUCGAUGGCCACCUGGAAACGAGAUGAUGCCUUUCGGAGGUGGCCCUCCCGCACCAGGUUUCUACGGAGGGGGCCCGUAUCCCCCUGUACCACAUGGCAUGGCGCAGUAUCAAUGGUCCCCUCCUCCACCUCCGCCGACUGAUAUUGGUCCCUCCCGAACACCCGCUCCUCCUGAACCACCGAAGGAAGACCCGGAGAAAGAAGCGAUGAAAAAGAAGCUGGCCGAGAUUGAAGCAGAAGCAAAGAGGAAAGAGGAGGAGGCCAAACAGAAGGAGCUCGAAGCUCAGAUUAGGAAGGAGGCGGAGCUGGCCUUCCAGCGUAAGAUGGAGCAGAUGAAGAGGGAUGAAGAAGUUCGAGCCGAGGAAAGGAGGCUUGCCUUGGAGAGAGCGAAGAAGGAGAUCGAUGACGCAAGAAAAGAAGCUGAGAAGGCGGCCCGAGAAGCCAUUGAGCAGGAGAGGAAAGCCGAAGCGGAACGUGCCCGUAAAGAAGCAGAAGCGAUCGCUCAAGCUGAACGGUCCGCACGAGAUAAGUUGGAAGCCGAGCGAAAAGCUGAAGCCGAAAGACAAAGAAGAGAAGCAGAAGCUGCUGCUCGAGCUGAGGCUGCUGCGCAACUAAAACUGCAAGCCGCUAUCAGGGCGGAAGCUGAGGCGAAGGAAGCAGCUGCUAAAAAGGCUGCGGAAGAAGCAGAGCAGAGGAAAAGAUUCGAGGAAGAAGCUAAAGCUAAAGCCGAGAUGGAAGCCCGAAAGAAGAUUGAGGCCGAGGAGGCAGCCAAGGCGGCAGCUGCCGCCGCUGCUGCCGCCGAAGCAGCAAGGCAGAAGAGGAUAGAAGAAGAGGCCAAGAUCAAAGCUGAGCUCGAAGCACGUAAGAAGAUCGAAGACGAGAAGGCAGCAGCUGAAGCAGCUAAGGCCGCCGAAGAGGAGAGGAAGAAAGAGGAAGAAGCAUUCAAGAAGAAGGCUUUAGAAGAUGCUAAGCAAAAGGCGGAAGAGGCGGCGAAAAAGGACAUGGGCAAGGACAAACUUCCUAUCCGAUUUAAAGAUGCUGUUGGGAGGAAGUUUAGCUUCCCCUUCCACCUAUGUCGGAACUGGCAGGGCAUGGAAGAGCUGAUCAAACAAGCCUUCUUACAUGUUGACGUUAUUGGCCCUCAUGUACAGGCUGGACACUACGAUCUCAUUGGGCCUAACGGCGAGAUCAUUCUACCCCAGGUAUGGGAGAAAGUAGUCGAGCCUGACUGGGCGAUCACCAUGCAAAUGUGGCCAAUGGAUAGGCCAGCCGCCCCUCAAGGGCCAAUGGGACGAGGUAUGCCGAACUUAGCUCAUUUGCAAGGUCGUUACCCUCCGGGUGGUGUCAGGUUACCAGGUGCGGCGCGGCCAGGUGGUGGCCCCCCUCCGCCUCCGGGUCAUCCUGGGAUGGGGAUGGGAAUGGGCGGCAUGCCCGCCCACAUGAGACAUCCGCAAGGGGUCCCUGGCCGCCAGCCUGGUGCUAACCUCCCUCCGGGUGUACAGGUCAUGCAAGUCGAAAAGCCUUCUGGCAAGAAACCAAAGCCACAAAAGGUCAACACCGGCGUACUCGGGUGGAUAGGAGGUAGCGGGAAAUCCGCUAAAGGGAAAAGGACCAAGCGAUAAACCAUAUGUUACCGACUGCAAUCAUGAUGCCCAAGGCAGCAUGCUUCACUUACGCUAACUUCUACCAAACGCCUCUCUACCUACACCCGAUUUAAUUUCCAUCCCAUCUCCAAUUUCGUUUUUGAGGAGUUUUGCGCGAUGGCCUUCCGUUACUUGAUUCUGCAUUAUACCCCGGCUCGAGACCCUGUUGUUUAAAGCGGCAUUUUUCGCGGGCUUUUUUCUUCGAGCACCUACCACGGGUGAAGUAAUAAUUAUCACGGGGAGCAACCUUUUUUCUUUUUUCACAACUACGGUUUCAAAGCGGUAGAUUUGUAUAAUUUCUACUCUUACCGAUUCUUUUGCAUUGGUUUGGAACUAUAGUUUUAACCCGGAUGACGAUGUUUUAUACUCAAAGAAUGACGAACUGUAUGAGGAGGAAA